AUUGAGCAUAUGAAAUCUCAGUAACUGUAUAUAAAUUAUAAUAUAUUACAUUGUAAUAGACACAUAUCGCAAACAUGGAGAUUAUGGAAGAUGGCAAUUUAGUAGAUCGCGUUAGGAUUUUGUUGCAACGAGAUAUGCAAUAUUAUCAGGAAAUGCAGACGGUAUUGAAAGAGCCAAUAUGCACUCGUAUAUCUGGUGGAAAACUCGAUUUUCCAAGACACGCUUCUUUCGCCGCAAUUAAAAUUGUUACGUGGUGGGAAUUAGAUUUCCAAGCUGCUUUCAAACGCCACUCUGGAUUAUCAAGUAAUGAAGAACGUGAAACUGCAGAGAGUGCAGAGACUGAGGAUAGAGUUAUUAAACAAAUACAGCCAUCCGAAUUUAUACUAACAGUCGUUGAUACUGCCGAGCAAUUAUUAGAACACUUACAUCUGCUCAUUCAAGAAUCAUUGGAUCACGCAGAUUUAACAGUAUUAACAGCCACAUUGGGAGCAGCGGCAUUAAUCCGAAAUUGUUUAUGGUGUUACAGUCAACAGUCUAAAAGCAUAGUUUCCGUUUCGACAGGUGAAAAGAUAAACAAAUCGUAUAAAUCUUAUCACGAAAUGGCUGAAGCAGUAGCAGAGAGAAUAUUAGACUUGCACUGUCGCUUAAUUUCAUUAUACAUUCUCAACGAAGCAGAUUCUCUUAGCUGGAAUGACGCGAAAUCAUUUUUCGAACGCGAACGCUGCUCCUUUGUGAUACAAAUGUGGUGGCUGUAUAUGCAAGGAACAAAGACAGAUUUAUGGAACACCGUUUCACCGAAAAUGGCGCAACGUAUUUUCUCCGGAAUGUUGAACGAAUCAUUGUCUAUUAUUGUAACGAGAUUCAUUUAUGCUCGACCCAGCUUAGCACGUGCCGAACAGUUUUGGACAGACGCCUUCAAUGUUCUUUGUUGCACGGGGUACCUUGCUUUAAACGCUUGUCUCAGCGUAAACGAAAUGAUCGGAACGAACUUAAAUAAACUGCCUGUCGCUAUUAGAGAUAUUCAUGCAAAGUGCAAUGAACUGUUGACUUGUUUGUUAUUGAGGGGCACGCCGCUUCAAGAAUUGUACCAGGUUUUUCGUGUAGGGUUAGAUAAUUUAAAAAUUUUGCAACCGCGCCAUGGACUCGCACCCUGGCUGCUAAUAUGUGCGCCGAAUUUAUUAGGUUCCGUAGAGUCUGACGUUUACGUUUCGAGUCUGCCUGAAGACAGAGCGGUGAUCCUAGAAUUGAACAUACUUCGACACCAACCGCAACCGAAUUGGCCUCAAAUAAUAAAGGUACUUUCUAUGAACGAUUAUGCAGUGGCCAAGAUACUAUUGAACACUUUAAUUCGCGACUGUGGCAAUUUCACAUCUGAAGACAAUUACGAAAAUUUAAAGAAAUUGAAAGUAACUGGAAUAAAUUGCGGUGGCUUUUUGUGUAAUAGUUUAUCCUGCAAACAUUUCUUGAAAGUUACGUCGGCGUUAAGUCUCUACAGUUUGAUGCACGUUUUAACGUAUAUAGUGCAGGAACCGGAGCAUGUUAUUGUAUCAUGCUUGAAGCAAAAUCAUGCAUGGUCCAACUACCUCGACCGACAACAGGUUUGGAAUCAAUCUAGACCUCCGUGGCUGAAUGCUAUUUUAAAGCCAUUAAAAAAUAUGAUGCCGCCUAUUAUUGAAUUAUUGUUGGAAGCUACGAAAACAGGAGCUAGUAUGUAUCAAGCAAUGUCGUUAGUAAUUGGCUGUUUCACUGAAUUAUACGUAACAAUACCGAUUGCCAUUUUAAAGAUCGCACUCGCGUUAAAUAAUAAUGUUCCCGCUCAUUGCCAUCCAAUCGGUGGGAACAUUCUUUUUCAUAUUCUUUGCGCGUCCCUUUAUUCUGCUCUUUUGGAGUUCUCGGUGAACUAUAAACCGGAAACGGAAGUCAGGUCAGGUUCCAGAGGAACGCAUCAUGAAUUAAGUUUGUUCGAAUUUGACGACGAUUCGGUAAUUGCGACCACGUUGGCCGAAGCUAUCUGCGGCAUUGACGAGGACAAUAAACACACAUCUCAAAUUGAUGACUUUUUUCAGCUUGUAAAUGAAAAUAUUGAAGCAAUAAAUGCGAAAUCAUACGAUAAAGAAUUUACUGAAAUAUCUUCUAUUAUUGAAACAAAUACUGAUGAAUUAUUGUUUACAAAUUCUGGGCGACAAGCACUAAAAGUAGUGCACCAAUGUUUGCUUCAUGCAUCCGAUCUAUUAUUGGAUAGUCUACGUAAAAAUGACAUUAAAAAUUGUUUUAUAAAUAUACCGGUGAUAAAUCCUCUUACGAAACCGUUAACAUAUAUAAUGUUUCACAUUGAAGAUACCGCGUUUGAUCAGUUUCUUAUUCAAUAUGAAAGGACAAAUUGGAGAAAAGCUUUAACAAUACCUCUGUCUAUCACACUGGCACGCGCACGAAGUCAAAUAUUACUGCGUCCAGAAUUCAAAAAUGCAGGUGAACUAACACACGAGCAGAGAGAAGCUAUGCAGUCUAUUAAAAAGCUUUGUUCUUGUGUAAAAACAACGCAUUUUAAGUAAUUUGUAUUGUAUAUUAUUUACAGUUAUAAAUAACAUCGAAACUUCCGCCUAAGUGAAAUUUAAAAAAUUAUAGUACGUAUGUAAGAG